GCAUGCGCACAAGGCUGGUGAAGAGCAGCUGAACCUGGCCAAAGCGCGAUUACGGAUAGAGACUGAGCGCAGGGGAGUCGGAGCAGAGCCAGAAUUCGCGGAUUUACUGGCCCAUGUUGGGCCUUUUGGCGAAUUAAGAAGUGAAUUCGGAGUGUGAUAUCGCUGUUAACUGUAAGUUUGCGUGUAGACGGCAGCUGAGAGCUUAUAAACGGGCAGGUUUAGCUAAAGCGAGCUUGUUUUUCAGCCAGAAAUAACUCGCCUCUGUUCUCGCGCACACAAGUGAAGCGGCGAGUCGGUGAACUACCCCUUCUACCCCUUCUGCCCCUUCUACCCCGCUGUCUUUACCCGGAGAUAUAAACUGUAGUCGUCUUUUACUCUCUCAUUUCGUCAGGAAGCGUUGUUAAGUUACAGAACUUAUAAUUCCCCUCACUGGAGUAGUUUAUGUAGCUAACUAACUACUCGGCUAAGGAAACAAGCUGUGUCGCGCGAAACAACUUGAGAAAUUGAAACCAACUUCGACGAAAAUAGUCCCCGUCCAAGGUAGGCCAACCAAUUUCAGUAACUUUAUACCGGAAUAUUGUUUAGUGACUGUUACCGAGGCGCCCAGAGGCGCUGGUGCUGGUUUUACUGUGUGCUGCUCCAACGGAAACCGCGCGCGAGACUCUGGAGCUCGGAGUUUUACAGCUGAAUCUGUGAAACAAUAACAAAUCAUUUUAACGCGACUCAUUUCCUCAAAGCAAGCGAGCAAGAGCCAGGCGUGUAACUUUACUUCUCUGAGAAGCUCGUGUUAAAAAGCCUGGCUGGCUGCUAGCAGGGAAUCAGCUCUUUAAAGUUGAUCUCUGAACGAGUAAACAGCAGGAGAAGCCACUGACCGCUCUGAUGCUUUCUAAUAGGUGAGAAAGUCCUCCAUUAACACUGCUGCUUUCUGACACCGACACCUGACCGACUGCACUACAUGCAGCAGACACAAAGGAAGCUCGACACGAAGAUCUCUAGCAGUUUUAAGCUGUGAGCAGAGAGCAAUGUGGCUGCUGAUCAACUGAGCACCAUGGGAGGAUGUGUGGGGAGAGAGCGGCCGGAGUCCCGAGGCUCGUCUGGCCGAGGAAGGGGCCAGAGGAAGCGUGGAGCCCGUAACGAACCUCUGAAGAAGGAUAAGCCCAGGUGGAAGAGCGACUACCCCAUGACAGAAGGCCAGCUGCGCAGUAAGAGGGAUGAGUUCUGGGACACCGCACCGGCUUUUGAGGGCCGCAAGGAAAUUUGGGAUGCCUUAAAAGCGGCUGCUGUGGCCCUGGAAUGCAAUGACCAUGAGCUAGCUCAGGCUAUACUGGAUGGAGCCAGUGUCACACUACCACACGGAUCCCUGACGGAGUGCUACGAUGAGCUUGGCAAUCGCUACCAGCUACCUGUCUACUGCUUGGCACCACCUGUCAAUCUAAUCACUGAGAGGAGCGAAGAGGAAUCUGUGCCAGAAAACGCAGACGCUCAAACGGCCCCCAAAAAGGAGUUCCAGCUCAAGGUGCGCCUCUCGACAGGCAAGGACGUACGUCUCAGUGCCAGCAUGGCUGAUCCUGUGGGCCUGCUGAAGAAGCAGCUGCAGGCCCAGGAGGGCAUCGAAGUGGCACGUCAGCGCUGGUUCUUCUCUGGCAAAUUGCUCACAGACAAGACACGCCUUCAGGACACCAAGAUCCAGAAAGACUUCGUCGUCCAGGUCAUUGUGAACCAGGCCGAUUAUUAAAGCCAGAGAGGACCGAAUAGCGCAGAGAACACGGGAAGCGUGGAUGGCUGUCUUCGUGCUUUCUUUUUCAGGAAAAGAAAAUCACUGAAACACAACAAUAAGAAGAAAGAGACAGCCAGCAUGUGAUGCUUCCUGUGCACUCCACAACAUAAAAGCAUAUUUUCUCUGCCUAUUUUGUCUUUUUGUUUUUACUCACAAAAAUGGUAGUUAAGAAGAAAGACGAAAAAGAAAGAAGAAAGAUGGCCAUCAUGUGCUGCUUUAAUCUUCUACUACAAAAUGUCAUUGUAUAGAGUCUGACCAUCACUGUACCUUGCUGGAGCCAUACGCUGGUUCUGUUUCAUUUGGACAGACUUUCUGACAGUGAAACCCAGUGAAAGUAAAAGUGAAUUUUUCUUUGUGUGUGACCUCCACUUGAGAGCCUCUUUGAAACUCACCUGGUGAAACGUUCUUGUUGAAAGAAAGUGAAAAGUGGGUAUUGAUUUGACAGAGUAAUGUCUAUGCUUGCUUGAGCAAAGUGCCAAUAUAAGUGGGGCUUUAAAAAAUAAAGCACAUAAUCUCUUGACUGUGAUUCUGGAAAGGCCUAAUAUUCAGAGGAUUGUGUUGAACCAUACCUCAGUGCUUCUGCUCCAGAUGAUAUCUCAAGGCUUUUGUUUCUUCUUUCGGUAUACUUGUUUUUUUUUUUUUUUUUUAAGAAUACAGAAACUUGAGCUUCAUUUGCACACGUGCUUAUACGUAUAAGCGUCUAUGUGUAUUGUGCGCCUUUUAAAGGAGAAAAAAAUAUUCUUAUAAUGCUGAUUGUUCUUGAGGUGUGCCUGUGUGUGUUGGCUUUAAGGCCAACAUCUUCAAUAUAAAAUUUGUUUUUUUUUUUGUUUUGUUUUUUUUAAAAUAGUGGCUGGCCCCACAAAUGUGAUUUCAAACUUGUAUCCCAUUCGAAAUUCGGAGCGAAGGCACAAUUGUACUAUGCAAUUUCUGUUUGUAAAAGCUACAAAGAUAACUAUUUCAGUUCACUAGGUUGCCCAUCUCUGUAGUCUGUGUGUAUGUCUCUACUUGCCACAUAGAUCUAUUUUAUUGUAUGCUUUGUGAAAAAAAGAACAGUAAAGGCUUUACUAACAUACUAAAAUUUAUUACUUUUUAAAAAUGUGCACUGUUGAGCUGCACAUACAUUGAUGUGACAUAUCUGUUUACUGGUACAGCCAGGAGGAUAAAAUAAAAUGAGUGCAUUUGGGAAGCUCUGGUUUGGCCUUAUCUCUAAUAGAUGUUGUCAUUAGAUACUAAUGUAAAUGAGCAGAAAUGAGAGAGGUGCUGGUGGUUAGGAGAAACAAAGCACCAGUAUUUGGCCAAAAGUGAAACACCUAGGUGUGGAAGCAUCCUGCAGAUGAAUCUGAGGGCAAAAUGAAACAAAAUGAAACUUUUUUACUUAUCAGACUAGUUACCCCAGUAGGCCGUUGGUCUAGGGUAAGUUUUAAACUUUAGAAAAAAACAGUACAAUAAGCCAUAAUUUUGUAAAUGAUGUAAAUGACGCAUAUGCUUGUUUUUUGGCUGAUUUUGGAGCAUCUUAUUUAGUGUUAAAACCCUGUUAAGCUCUUUGCAAGACUCAAUGUUAGGAGCUCACUGCCUCCAUAUGAUCCUCCACAUGGAAAGACCUUAUCCAUUACACUUUGUACUUGUCUUCAUCUCUAAAACUGUGCUCUUUUAGAUGAUUUUUAUUAGGAUUACACUAGAUAAUUAGUUGGAUAGGACUAAUAUGUCAGGAUAAAGCCAGGACUCUCUUAUUGUUAGGGUGUUUUUUUUUUUUUUUUUUAAAACUUUACUUCCCCCCACACAUAACCUCAGAAUGUGCAAUACAACUCUACUGUACUAUGACAGUACAGUUACUGCCUAAUGAGUAAGGCACUGCCCUAUCCUACUGAAUCACCACCUCAUCCUUGACCUGCCAUCAUUAGUCCUUAUUCAUGCUCAGUGUUUUUUUUAAGCUUUAAGGAGCAGAGAAUCUGGCUGCCUGAGACCGCUGUGUUGACUGUGACCUCUGGCUUGCUGUUAAAACAGGUCUGAUGGGUUCCUCACAGCAAACAGAAUCCAAAACCCUCAUGUUAUGACAACAGACCUAAAAGCUUCUGUUUUUUUCUUUUUUUCUUUUUUAAACUAGUCAGCGUUGUACAUUGUUGAGCAGUGUGUGUCGUCUUUUAGUCUUUACUAAGGUUCAGAGUACCUGAUCAUGAAAAAGAUGGUUGGAUAUUGUUUAACAUUAAUGUUUCAUAAUCAUAUGUGGUACCACGUUGGUGUUCAUGUUAAAAAUGAAGUGUAAAUGCAGUAGAAAGAUGUGAGCUAAUCAGAGAAUGUCUGUCUAUAACAGUCCAUGAAGGAUGUAUGUUGGACACCUGUAUUUUUAUUAUAUUUUUAGCCUUAAUGAAUUCUGUUCAUUAUGCUAGAGGUUUCUCACACACAUACUUUGUUUUUAAGAAUGUUGUAGUAGAAAAGGACAUGUUCCAUCUUGCAUAGAUACUGCUCGUGGUUGACGUAUGAUUGUAUGGCCUGUGGGAGGAUCUGUUCUCCUGCUCUCAGACUGUUCUGAAAUCUCCUAACAUGUACGAGGUUGAACAAGCUCCACAUUGUGACUGAAAAACUGAAGGAGCUGCUUCAUAAAGCCGUGGAUACUCCUCUCCAUUUUCUUCUGACUGCUUCUGAAGAGCUAGUUUGAAGGCCUCCUUCCCCUUACAAGCACCCAAAACUACCCAUAAGCCAUCAUUCAUUUCUGAAGCCUGCUGUUGUUUUGGGAAGGAGAAGGGGAGAAACUGUUAAUUUUAAAGACUUUUAUAAAUCUCAGACAAAUAUCUGUAUAUUGAGAAUUUAAACGUGUAUGUGCUAUAGAAUGUUUACACGUAAGCAUCCCUUUGUGAUCAUUCAUAAGCCUUUUCUUCCUCACAGAUAUUUUAAGUAUCAAUAAAUUCACUGAAAAAUA